AUGAGCAUCCACGUUGGCAAUCGUAUCCAGGUUGGCGCUGUUUAUGCAACAGUUCGGUUCUAUGGCCAUGUUGAAGGCAUCAAAGGCGAAUGGCUUCGAUUCGGCAAGAUUGAGGAUGGACAAAGAAGUUUGAGCAAUCUCAAGGUAGUUGGAUUAGCACUGCUGGGGAUCCUGGGAUCAUUGCUAAGCGGCGUCUUUGUAAAAUCUACUGAGCUCGUAGGAUACCUUGUCAGAACCACAGAGCAGCUAAGCGAGUUGAUGAUAUUGAGACUAAACCACUGUUGUCUUGAACCACCCGGUGCAUCCAUUGAUCAUGCAGCAUUCUCAAGUAUCACAACCCUCGACUUGCAGCUCGGCAAGAACGACAUCCAGCAUUUGACCAACCCUGCAACGGACAAUCAAUUUCCACAUCAUAAAUGCGUCAAUCUUGAAGACAAUGAAAUCAGCUCAUGGGAUGAGAUUGCCAAAUUGGGAUGCUUGCCAAGCCUCGACAUCCUUUAUUUGAACGGCAACAAGAUACCAUUCAUUCAGCCCAUUGAAGCCAACACAUUGCCAAAGCUCGAAUUUUUGCGUAUCAAUCCCAUUGUCGCACCAUUGUCUCGUGAAGAAGGCAUGUUAAAGUGGCGAGCUGGAUCGAAAACUUUGAACCAUAGUGGAUGGCGACACAGUUGA